AAUUGAACCUUCUUCUACUUUAAACGAGAACUGAGAAUCUAUGUUAGCUGAGCUUAAUCCUUUGGUGUUCGCGCUAAUAUGGAAAUUAAUUCCUGUUUGAGUGCUUAAUUGCGAAAAAUAUAACUUGAUAUUCUAUAAAAGCUACUGACAAUAAGGUCAAUAAUCACCCAGAUAUUCCCACUAUAUAGAGAAAUACUCUAGGUUAUAGACUAUUAAAAUGUUGAAUCUAUCUAAUCCAGCUACAAUCGAAACAUACUCAUGUAAUUUCCAUACUGAUAAUACUCCCAAUUCGAAAUAUCCAGUUUUAGUUUAUAGAAAUGUGUUGAAUAAAGAAUUCUUAAAUGCAGCAACAACUGAAGAAGAUAAGGUUAUUCAAUUGAAUGAAUCACUAUUACCUAAUGGUUGGAGUGCGGAACAAACAUGGGGGACUUCCCUUAAUACACACUAUCAUUAUAAUGUUCAUGAGGCUUAUUUUGUGAUUCAAGGAUCUUCAACUCUAAUACUUGGCCUUGAUGUAACUAUCAUUCCUUCAAAUAAUGAAGAUAAUUUCCAAAAUCUUUCGAAUAAAUCUUAUCUAGAAAUCACCCUUAAUACCGGAGAUUUGAUCAUCUUACCGGCAGGUGUCUCGCAUUGUUCGUCAAAAUAUAAUGAGAAAUAUAGGUAUAUUGGGGCUUAUCCUACGAAUGGUGAACAUUGGAAAUCUAUAGCCAAGGUUCAUAUCGAAAGAGCGAAACCAUUACAAUAUGAUAAUUCUUUUGACAUAGAUAUUUCCAAAAAUGUAAAAUUGCCAGAUAGUGAUCCCAUCUACGGAAACCUCCCUCAUACUUUACUAGAUAUUUGGCGAUCUUAUUAA